GCACGUGUACGCGCGCGCCAUCGAACGGCUCACCUCGCGGCAGCGGCACAGUGCAUGUGGGCUCGAGCCGGAGCUGGAGCAUCCGGGCCGAGCUGCGGAGAGAUGCGGCGACUGUAGACGCGACAUGCCGACACACCAGCGGAGCCCUCGCUGAAACCAUGCUUUAAAAAGAGUGCACAUAUUUUCGUAUUUGUUUUCAAAUGGCGGCGCAGAAGUCGAGGUGAGCUCGGUCCUGUCGGGGGGGGGAGUGCGCACUCUUUUCUCGCUGCUCUGCCAAGGCAAGCCGCCAGCAGAAAUAAAUCCGCUUUUUGUUCUUUUGUGCCGACUAUUGUAUGAGGAACCAUGACGACGGGGCAGGAUGAAAGCUCGGUCCGUGUGGCACUGAGGAUUCGUCCUCAGCUUGCCAGGGAGAAGAUUGAGGGAUGUCACAUCUGUACAUAUGUGAUGCCAGGGGAGCCUCAGGUGAUACUGGGGAAAGACAAGGCCUUCACCUACGACUAUCUGUUCGACAUGGACUCCCAGCAGGACGCCAUCUACAGCACCUGCACAGAGAAGCUGAUCGAGGGCUGUUUCGAGGGCUACAACGCCACUGUAUUUGCAUACGGACAGACAGGUUCAGGGAAGACGUACACCAUGGGAACUGGCUUCGACGUCAACAUAGUAGACGAGGAGCUGGGUAUCAUUCCACGCGCCGUCCACCACCUCUUCAAAGGCAUUGAAGAGCGUCGACAGGCCGCCCAGGAGCAGGGACGCCCUGUACCUGAGUUUAAGAUCAACGCCCAGUUCCUUGAGCUUUAUAAUGAGGAAGUUCUGGACCUGUUUGACUCCACACGAGACAUGAAGCAGAAGUCUCACAUUAAGAUCCACGAAGAUGCCACCGGAGGAAUCUACACAGUGGGGGUGACCACACGGACCGUGUCCUCCGAGGCUGAGAUGAUGCAGUGCCUGAAGUUGGGGGCUCUGUCUCGCACCACAGCCAGCACUCAGAUGAACGUCCAGAGCUCUCGGUCCCACGCCAUCUUCACCAUCCACCUGUGCCAAGUCCGCGUCUGUGCCUCUGACAAUCAAGAAGAUGAGACUGAUAACAGAGUUUCCAACGGUAACUCUGAGAUGGAUGAGUACGAGACGCUGACAGCCAAGUUUCACUUUGUGGACCUGGCUGGUUCCGAGAGGCUGAAGAGAACCGGAGCGACAGGCGAUCGAGCCAAAGAGGGCAUCUCCAUUAACUGUGGGCUGCUCGCUCUGGGGAAUGUAAUCAGUGCUUUGGGUGACCGGAGCAAGCGUUCCUCACAUGUGCCUUACAGAGACUCCAAGCUCACUCGACUUCUGCAGGACUCGUUAGGAGGAAACAGCCAAACAGUGAUGAUCGCAUGCAUCAGUCCAUCUGAUCGUGAUUUCAUGGAAACGCUGAACACAUUGAAGUACGCCAACCGGGCCCGUAACAUAAAGAACAAGGUCAUGGUGAAUCAGGACAAGGCCAGCCAACAGAUCAGCGCUCUGAGGACAGAGAUAGCUCGACUGCAGAUGGAGCUCAUGGAAUACAAGACGGGAAAGCGUAUGGUGGGUGAGGACGGUAUUGAGAGCUUUAGCGACAUGUUUCACGAAAAUUCAAUGCUGCAGACAGAAAACAGCAACCUGAGGGUGAGAGUGAAGGCCAUGCAGGAGACCAUUGAUGCCCAGCGAGUACGACUCACCCAGCUGAUCAGUGACCAGGCCAACCAGGCUCUUGCCAGGGCAGGUGAAGGAGGCACAGAGGAAAUUGGGAACAUGAUUCAGGGUUACAUCAAAGAAAUCGAAGACCUCCGGGCCAAACUCCUAGAGAGCGAAGCUGUGAACGAGAAUUUGAGGAAGAAUCUGUCUCGUGCCUCCAACCGUCAGUCUUUCUAUGGAGGGUCUGGCUCCUUCUCCUCCAGCCUGCUGGCCCCCGAGAAGGAGACUUCUGAUAUCAUCGAACUCGCAAAGAAAGACUUGGAGAAACUGAAAAAACGAGAAAAAAAGAAGAAGAAAAGACUCCAGCUGCUGUUGGAGGAGAGAGAGAGGGAGGAAAGGGAGGAGGUGGUGGAAGAGGUUGAGGAUGCCAGUGCAAACAAAGAAGAAGUUCCUGACAACGAUCAAGAAAAGGGCACUGAGAAGGAGAUGACCGAGAGGGCCAAUGAGGACACAGAAAUGGAGGUCCAGGACGGCAGUGACCAUGAGGAAGCAGAAGAGGAGGAGGAAGAGGAGGAAGAGGAGAUGGAUGUGGAGGAGAGCUCUGAUGACUCUGACUCUGAGUCAGAUGAAAAAGAGAACUUCCAGGCAGAUCUGGCCAACAUCACCUGUGAGAUUGCCAUCAAGCAGAAGCUGAUUGACGAGCUGGAGAACAGCCAGCGGCGCCUGCACACACUCAAACAGCAGUACGAACAGAAGCUGAUGAUGCUACAGUGCAAGAUCAGGGACACCCAGCUGGAGAGAGACCGUGUCCUCCAAAACAUGACUUCAGUAGAAAGUGGAACAGAGGACAAAGCUCGCAAAAUCAAGGCCGAGUAUGAGAAGAAACUCAGUGUCAUGAACAAGGAGCUUCAGAAACUCCAGUCAGCUCAGAAGGAGCAUGCCCGCCUGCUGAAGAACCAAUCACAGUAUGAGAAACAGCUGAAGAAGCUUCAGAUGGAUGUGACCGAAAUGAAGAAAACUAAGGUUCGUCUCAUGAAGCAGAUGAAGGAGCAGCAAGAAAAGAACAGGAUGAACGAGUCCCGUAGAAACCGAGAGAUUGCUUCCCUGAAGAAAGACCAGCGCAAGCAGGAGCACCAACUGAAAUUACUGGAAGCUCAGAAGAGACAACAGGAACUUAUUCUGAGGAGAAAGACUGAGGAGGUGACGGCUCUGAGGAGGCAGGUCAGGCCCACCUCAGGUAAAGUGAUCAGGAAAGUCAAUCUUCCUGAACCAGUGCAGGACUCUCCACACCGACCCCCUGGACGCCUUUACUCCUCCAGCAACGCUGCUCCCAAUGGUACUCGGUCUUCCUACAGACGUACAGCAGGUAUUUACUCCACCAGAAUUGCUCGCAACAAAUGGCAGUCCCUGGAGCGGCGGAUCACUGAUGUCAUUAUGCAAAGGAUGACCAUCUCCAACAUGGAGGCCGACAUGAACCGCCUCCUCAAGCAAAGGGAGGAGCUGACCAAGCGUAAGGAGAAGGUCAUAAGGAAGAGGGACCGGCUGAUCAAAGAGGGGCCAGAGACAGAGAAGACGGUGCUUCCCCUCAAUGAGGAAGUGGAUGCAUUAACAGCCAACAUCGACUACAUUAAUGACAGUAUCGCAGACUGUCAGGCCAACAUCAUGCAGAUGGAAGAAACCAAGGAGGAAGGUGACACAGUGGAUGUCUCUGCUGUGAUUGGCUCCUGUACUUUGGCAGAGGCUCGUUUUCUGCUGGAUCACUUCAUGUCAAUGGCGAUUAACAAGGGUCUGCAGGCAGCUCAGAGGGAGUCCCAGGUGAAGGUGAUGGAGGGCAGGCUGAAGCAGACCGAGAUCACCAGUGCCACUCAGAACCAGCUGCUCUUUCACAUGCUGAAGGAGAAGGCCGAGUUUAACCCUGAGCUGGACGCGCUGCUGGGGAACGCUCUGCAAGAGCUAGGUAACCUCCCAGCUGAAAAUGGAGAUGAUAGCAGCAGUGAUGAGUCUGCCCAGAGCCCCUCUGCAGAGGGAAACACGUUGGCAUCAGAUCUCAUGAAACUCUGUGGAGAGACAAAAACAAGAAAUAAGGCUCGUAGGAGGACUACCACACAGAUGGAGUUGCUGUAUGCAAACAGUGACUCUGCCCCUGACGCACCUACUGCUGACUUCUCUAGUCCGAUGCUGCCGUUAACUGAAACGCCUGAUGGGGGUGGAGACAUGGACCUGUCGGGUUCAUCAGUCAGGGACUACACAGCUCUCUCCCCCGGCUUUUCCUCUAAAAUGGGCAGCAUUUCUGGCUCCAGAACGCCAGGUGUGGAAAAGCGAGCUCCAGAGCCUUCCCCGCUUUCUCGCAGGAAGACGUAUGACAAGGCACAAGCUGCGGCUGACAGGGCAAAGGUCAAGGAGAUUAAACAGGGUGUCAUAAACCCAGUGCCAUCCACAAAGAGCAGCCGGUCUGCAACUUUACAGUGUGUUCACGUGGCAGAGGGACACAGUAAAGCUGUUUUAUGUGUCGACUCCACUGAUGACCUUCUGUUCACUGGAUCCAAAGAUCGAACUUGUAAGGUGUGGAAUCUGGUGACAGGUCAGGAGAUAAUGUCCCUGGCUGGUCACCCCAACAAUGUGGUGUCAGUCCGUUACAGCUCCAGUUUAGUCUUCACUGUUUCUACUUCCUAUAUCAAAGUCUGGGACAUCCGGGAUUCAGCCAAGUGCAUCCGAACGCUAACGUCCUCUGGUCAGGUUAAUGUUGGGGAUGCCUGUGCAUCUAACACCAGCCGGACCGUCACCAUCCCAGCAGGAGAGAACCAGAUCAACCAGAUCGCACUCAACCCCAACGGGACGGUUCUGUAUGCUGCUGCUGGAAACUCAGUCAGAGUCUGGGACCUGAGAAGAUUUGCAUCCACUGGAAAACUCACAGGUCACCUUGGUCCAGUCAUGUGUCUAACUGUGGAUCAGUCUGGAAACAACCAAGACCUGGUGAUCACUGGGUCCAAGGACCAUUACAUCAAGCUGUUUGAUGUGACUGAAGGUUCUCUGGGAAGCAUCAGCCCUACACAUAACUUUGAACCACCACAUUAUGAUGGUAUUGAGUCACUGGUGGUCCAGGGAGAUAUUUUCUUCAGCGGCUCCCGAGACAACGGCAUCAAGAAAUGGGACCUGGACCGCAAGGACCUACUGCAGCAAGUCCCGAAUGCUCACCGUGACUGGGUUUGUGCGCUGGGUGUUGUCCCUGGCUCCCCGGCUUUACUGAGCGGCUGCAGAGGUGGGGUGCUUAAGCUGUGGCACACAGACACACUGGGGACUCUGGGGGAGCUUAAAGGUCAUGAGAGCCCCAUCAACGGCAUCUCUACCAACAGCAGCCACCUGUUCACCGCCUCCGAUGACCGGACUGUGAAGAUCUGGCGUGCACGUGGUGGACUGGACAGCACCUCGGAGGUGGUUGACAAUGCAGACGAGGUGGCCAGUAACUGAACACAGACACCUGAUUGAUUUGACUCUAGAAGGACAUAACGGCAUUCUUUGAUGCUGCUGCCCUGCACUUUGACCCCUAACACUGAGUCCUUAUACACCUACCUUCCAUGCCAUGUAACCUUUAUGACUGAGCCAAGAGAAAUCACUUGUAAUGUCACUUCAGCAGAAGCAAACAUGAGUUCUUUUCUUAGACUCCGUAUGCUAAGACGGUCUUUAGUUUACUGUAUUAUUAUUGACUCUUUGCAGCAUAAACUCAUCGUUCUCACUUUUGCGCUGUAAUCGAUUCUCGUCAUGGAUCAUGAUGUGAACCUGUACUCACAAAAUGUUAAAGGAUGCGAUAAACACACUCAUAGUCUGUCUGCAGCUCAGCAUAUAUUCAGCGCUGUGCAGGAUACAACACAGACAAACAAAAGGGUAGUAAUGUUAAAGGAGGAGGAGAUCGCAGAGCUAAUGGGUUGGUAGCUGGUCUUCACAACCCAGUUCUCCAGUUUGUUGGAAUUCUUUCUCUGCAGUCAAAACCGAGCUAAUGUCCCCUCACUCCUGUUCCCUAGAGAAACAAAAGUGGCUUUACGUUGUGUGACAAAGACAAAUCACUGUACCUAUUGCCUUCCCUGACUCUCCUGCUUUUGUGCUCUUCUCUCUUCAAUUUCUGCAGCAGCUUUAGAUCAGCGACCAAAAUUGUGUAACCUUUUGUCUUUGCUGUCCUGUGCUGCACUCAUCUACAGAGCACACUUUACGUUAACAGUACUACUUAAAGCAAAAGUUUGACAUUUGGGGAAAUAUUUGCUUUUCUGAGUCGAGAAGAUUAUCAUCACUCUUGCAUCUGUCCAUUAAACAGCCACCUCUAAAGCUCACUAAUUAAAAUGGCAUAUCUCUUUUGUUUCAUCUGUUGAAAGUAUAAAAAUGACAAUUUGUAGUUUUACAAGGGCUGAUGUCCCAGACUUUCUUGGCAAAGCUCCGUACACUUACUUUUCCACUUCCAUUUUUCCACACUGAUGUGUCUAAAGAUUGAUCAGAAGUUAUAUUUUAAAUACUGCACUUUAAAGGUGCUGAAAAGCUGAUUGUGUCACCUUCAGCCAAAGCUGGGCUCGAUGUUUCCCUGCCUUUAUGCCAAGCUAAGCAGCUCCUGGCUGUGGUUUUAUAUUUGUCACAUAACUGUGAGAGUGAUAACAUUCUUUUCUUUUCAUCUCCCAACAUGUCAAACUCUUCCUUUAACUCCUGAGCACUUGUACAAAAAUCAACACAAUUAGUCUUUGAGAUUCACUUAAUCCUUAUUAAAUGUGAGCGGGUUCAGUGUUGAGGAUGUUCUACACGUGUUGUUCAUGUUUCAUUGUGUGUACAAAUGUAUCUUCACUCCUCACACAUGCUGUUAACACUCACUGAGCCUACACUACUGAGUUGUCGUCUAUUUCCCAUGCUGCUAAGGCGUAUGCUCACCUUCUUCAACCCUAUAAGAGGGCUUCUUGUCGUGGACUCCGGGUGAGGUCCACUCGUUACCGUAGCUAUGUGUGUGUGUAUAUAUAUAUAUAUAUAUGUAAUAGUAUCUUUUUGUUCUUGAGAGGAGAGGCCUUCAGACUCUGCCGGUGUUGUGCUUCUAACCGCAUUGACCAACGUCUCUCUCCCAGUUCUGAUCCUUGUGGGGCCUUCCUGGAGGGCCUCGUGGUCUCCCUGAUGUAACAGAUCUCUCCGUUGCGAUUGUGUGCCGUCACUUAUGAAUGUUCGGUGAAACAGCAGCUGUAGGCGUUAUUCAAAUACAUAACUAAUGUAUGUAAACGUAUUUAAAUUUUAAAAAAAUCUGACUGAAUGUUUUGUGGGACCACCGAUCUGAACGCAGUCUCACAGUAGAGCCGAGAGGACCAGAAUUGACAGGAAGACUGACGAGCAGCAUCAGUAAUGCUGAGCUUUUGGACUGAGCUUUUCCUCCAGUGAGGUAGCAGGUUUUGUUUAGUGGCCUACGGUUAGUUUUUUUUUUUUCUUUGUUUUGUUUGUUAUGCUCUCCUUGUUCCAUAUAUCCUGGGCGUUCCCCCUCUGGAGUUUUAGCUGCCGUUUCUCAGUGGUGGACUCUGUAGCGAUUCUAAUGUCAGAUGCCUGGUGAGAAUAAACGCCAUCUGUCAAAAACGA